AUGAGCCACUGUUGGGAUGUGACUUUGCUUAUUGAAUGUAUUUCUCUGAGCAUUGUAGACUGCCCAACAAACUGUGGCAGAGGGUAUUUUCAGCCAAACACUGCAGGGAGAAUUAUAUCAGGCACUGAAGCAAAGCCACGCUCCUGGCCUUGGCAAGUCUCAUUACAGGUUUGGACCACAACCAGUAAGAGAUUUGUUCACGUCUGUGGCAGGACCCUUAUUCACAAACGCUGGGUUCUCACUGCAGCCCAUGGCUUCCAGAAGGGUGAGGUGGAAGAUGUAUCUGACUGGCGAAUCCUCCUAGGAAAGCAUAACCUUAGCCAAGAAUCCGCACAGAGAAUGUACCACGUGAAGCAAAUCUGCCAGCAUGAGUGGUUCCACGAAAACCGCUCAAACCAUCUGGAUUAUGAUACCGCCUUGGUCAAGCCGAUGGAAGCCAUAACAGCAAACUGCUUUGUCUGCUAUGCCUGCCUGCCCCAGAGAGGCUGCUCUCUUUACCCGGGACAGUCCUGCUGGGUAACUGGAUGGGGGGGACACAACAG